GUCUUUUGAAUUGUAACUCUUCUGUACGUUCAUUGGUUCGCUCUCUUGUUGUGCUCUCUUUCUGCACUCUCCGAGCCUACCUCCAGCAACAUCUGCAGAUAAGUUGUACGACUUCUUUAUUUAUUGAAUUUUAUAUUUCGUCGGAAUAAAAAUAAUUUCCCAGGCGCCCUUGACUUCAAGUCUUUUUACGCAAUACAGUUGUCAGCAUUUGCGCGUCUAGUAGUGUACGCUAAGGUCGCAAAACGGUGAAGAAGUUUGUAAGCGUGUUUAGAGUAUAGGUCCACUCUAAGCCGUAAUAGAGCUCUUACAAGUGGUGAGCCCGUGUAUUCAUCGUUUCCCUCCAUUUUAGCUUGACGUGUUUUUAGUUCUUUUUCAUAUUGACUACCUUUUUUGUAUAUAUUUUUCACAUAGAAUUAUUAAUUUUUAUUCGUUUUUUUUCGCGCGUGUUUUUGUCGUAUUACCGUUAGUAUAUCCUUCUGUCCCCAAAAUGACUGACAACAGUGCUUCGCAAAUGGCUAUAACCUUGCAACUCCCCACAUUUUGGACACAUCGUCCUGUUGCUUGGUUCAACCAUGUAGAAGCUUUGUUCACUCUCAAACAUAUACACUCACAGGAAACGAAAGUAAACUGGGUAAUUGUGAGUCUCCCUGAAAAUGUUAUGGAAGAGGUUUCAGACGUCCUCAUGGACCCGUCCCCCGACUUGUAUGAACGGCUCAAGCAAGCACUAAUUAAGCGCGUUGCACUCACAGACCAACAAAAGUGCAGGAACUCUUUCGGGAUGUUCACCUUGGCGACCGGAAGCCCACUCAAUUGUUACGACAGAUGAGACAGUUGGUCGCCGACUUCAAUGUAGAUGAUGCCUUCCUUAAACAACUGUGGUUGCAAAGAUUACCACAGGCGAUUCAGGGCAUUUUAGCCCCAAUCCACAAAUCCCCCUUACCCGAGUUAGCCGAAGCGGCCGAUAGGGUAGUAGAGACUACUGCAUCCAACCUGAGCAUUUCGGCCGCGGCAACUGAUCGGCCCGCUCAGAUCAAAGAACCUCCGACUGGAGAGUCAUCCAGCUUCGAUACGGUGGCCCAUAUAACCAAGCUGUACGAAGAGAUAUGUAGUAUCAGGCAAGAGAUGAGAGCAAGAAGUCGUUCGGGUAGUCGCACAGACUCAACUCGUAGUAGAUCAUCGUCACGUGCCAGCAGUCGGCGUCGUAGGUCUCGAAACUUCCAGCCUGGAGUGUGCUGGUAUCAUCGGCGUUAUGGUGAAAAAGCCCAAAAGUGCACUCGCCCGUGCACCUUCGAUGUCCAAAAGUCGGGAAACUAACAGGCCAGCACGUGUUGGCGACUAACGUUGCUGGCGAACCACUUCCAUGUCGCCUCUUUUAUGUCACAGAACGUAACACUGGGAUACGCUUCCUCAUUGAUACCGGAGCAGAGGUCAGUGUCAUCCCACCCACAAUAGAGGAGCGCAGGCGGCCAAUGUCUUUACAACUACGUGCCGCAAAUGGUUCGCCGAUAGCUACGUUUGGCAGGCGCUUUCUUGACCUGAAUAUCGGCUUGCGCCGAGCAUUCCGCUGGGUCUUUCUGGUAGCGGACGUGACCACAGGUAUCAUCGGUAUGGAUCUGCUACAACAUUACCAACUACUCGUAGAUACAGGUAAGCACAGGUUGAUAGAUUCAGCCACCAACCUCUCGAUAAACGGUAUCGCCACCAAGUGCCCAGCCCUCAGCCCUGUAUAUGCCACACCCACUAGUACUGGUCCUUAUUCGCAUAUACUGCAAUCUUUCUCGGAUUUGUUCAAACCUAGCAGCGGUCUGCCAUGUGCGACUUCCAACGUCACACAUCAUAUUGUCACUACUGGUCCGCCAGUUUUCGCAAAACCGAGACGACUAUCCCCAGAAAAACUAAAGGUUGUUAAAGCGGAGUUCGAGCAUAUGCUAGAAAUGGGGAUUAUUAGGCCAUCCAGCAGCCCGUGGUCCUCACCGUUGCACCUGGUACCUAAGAAUAACGGUUUAGAUUGGCGUCCUUGUGGUGAUUACCGCAGACUAAACGCACAAACUGUUCCCGAUCGCUACCCUGUCCCUCACAUACACGAUUUAACCGCCUCACUCAAGGGAGCCCGAGUAUUCAGCAAACUGGACCUGACACGGAUCCCCGUCGACCCCGUGGAUAUACCCAAGACGGCCGUGAUUACGCCGUUUGGCCUGUUCGAAUUUCUUCGAAUGCCUUUCGGCUUACGGAACGCUGCCCAAACCUUCCAGCGUUUUAUCCAUGACGUUUUGCGCGGGCUUGAUUUCGCCUUUGCCUAUCUGGACGAUAUUUUGGUAGCUAGUCCAGAUGAAGCCACUCAUCAACUUCAUUUGCAGACAGUUUUCCGAAGACUUGUGACACACUCCCUCACACUCAACUUGCCGAAGUGUCAGAUUGGAGUCACUUCCUUGAAUUUUUUGGGACAUAGGAUAGACAAAGAUGGAAUUUAUCCGUUACCUGACCGGGUAGAAGCUAUUCAAAACUUCCCUCUACCCACUUCUCCCAAGGCACUACGCACUUUUCUCGGGAUGGUUAGUUACUACCGUCGCUUUAUCCCACAGUGCGCUCACAUCUUGACCCCCUUGACUGAUAUGCUUAAAGGGAAAUGCAAGUCUUUGGUGUUCACUAAGGAAGCCUCGACAGCUUUUGCAGCUAUCAAGAAAGCUAUUGCUGAUGCCACAAUGUUGGUCCAUCUAGAUGUCCAACUCCCAAUCAGCAUUUCCGUAGAUGCCUCUAACACUGCGAUCGGAGCCGUCCUACAACAGCGUAUGUCCAAUGCAUGGCUACCGAUUGCUUUCUUUUCACGUAAACUUACCGCAUGCGAAUCUCGAUACAGCACAUUCGGUAGGGAACUUCUCGCUGUCUAUGCUGCUGUCAAGCACUUUCGUCACUUCGUGGAAGGCCGGCAAUUUACGGUAUUUACCGACCAUAAGCCAUUGACGUACGCCCUCCACACUACUUCAGACCGGUAUUCACCGCGAGAAUCACGCCAUUUAGACUAUAUUUCCCAGUUCACUUCCGAUAUCCAGCACGUUUCUGGAUCGGAUAACGCGGUAGCAGACGCUUUGUCUCGCGUAUGUGCUACGUCAGUACCACCAACCAUCGAUCUUCAUAAAAUGGCCGAACUCCAACUGAAGGAUUUGAACUUAGAACACCUGUCAAAUAAAACCUCACUGAAGAUAGAACGCGUCCCCUUGCUAAACAGUGAAACAACUAUACUUUGCGAUAUGUCAACGGGUACUCCUCGACCGAUUGUUCCCACGUCUUUACGCCGCACCGUGUUUGAGUCACUCCACAACCUCUCCCAUCCUGGCAUACGAGCAACGGACAAGUUGAUAUCAGCGAGAUUUGCGUGGCCCGGUAUGAACCGUGAUGUGCGUCAAUGGACACGUGCUUGUGUGCAAUGCCAACGUGCUAAAGUCACCAAGCAUAACAUCACGCCGUUGGGGACGUUUGCGACCCCAGACGCUCGGUUCCAUCAUAUCCACCUGGAUAUAGUAGGGCCCCUGCCCCCGUCUAACGGCUGCUCGUAUUUACUCACAUGUGUGGAUCGUUUCACACGUUGGCCGGAAGCCAUUCCGAUACAAGAUGUAACGGCUCAAACCAUCUGUCGUGCCUUCAUGGAAGGCUGGGUUGCCCAUUUUGGAUGUCCCGCAACUGUCACUACCGACCGCGGACAACAAUUUGAAUCCACAAGCUUCAAAGAAUUGUUAGAGAUGCUGGGAUGCAAACGCAUUCGCACAACCGCGUAUCAUCCUGCGGCAAAUGGGCUAGUAGAACGUUUCCACCGUCAACUGAAAGCCGCGUUGAUGGCAGUAGACAACAGUAAGUGGACAGAUUCGCUGCCACUGGUCCUGCUUAGCAUCCGGGCUACGCUUAAAGGGGAUCUGCAGUGCUCGCCAGCUGAAUUGGUGUACGGUACCACCCUGCGUUUACCAGGCGAGCUAAUCGCUCCUGAAGCUUUCGAGCCAAAUUUCCCCGAUACCACCUGUUACGCUCAGCAACUUAAAAGUUUUAUGCAGCGAAUCCGACCAGUUUCCACACGCACUCAGAACCGAAAGGUUCAGGUUGAUCGGCGACUUGAUGACUGUACGCACGUUUUCGUGCGUCACGACGCCAUACGAAAGCCAUUACAACCACCGUAUGACGGGCCUUUUAAGGUCCUUAGUCGUAAAGAUAAAUUUUUCGUUAUUGACCGAUGCGGCCGCCCAGACACUGUCAGCAUAGACAGACUUAAAGCGGCAUACACUGAAGAACCUUCACCCUCCCCAUCGGCUCAAUCAAAUAGCCCCACUGAACCUAGUCCUUGUCCAGACUCAACUACCUCACCUCCAGUGGCGAAUGAUGAUUCUCCUACCGUCACCAGUAAGACCCCUGUCACACGUGCUGGUCGACGUGUUCACUGGCCCAAGAGGUUCACAGAAUUCUUUCACUGAACUAAUCCAUAGGUUUUUUAUACCUUGUCACAAUUUUUUAUUCAAUUUUGCUGUAUUUACUCUAUUUGGUCCCGCUUCUGGGAGUAGUCGUUUUAACCCUCACUAAUCCUUUUAAUCUUUAUCUCUCGUUACAGAGGACCAGCAGCAGUUUGUUUUUACCCUAAUUUUUCAUCUAUUUCAUCUCAAUCUACUCGCUAGAUCAGUUGGCUUCUCAUGUCAUCUUGUAACCCAUACCAAAUGAGGAAUUACGAACAGUAUAUUACUUUUCACUGCACAAUUUCUCCCAAAAAAGAAAUUAUUAAUAAAAAGAAUUAAAUUACU